CUUGUGGAAAAGCAAAACCUCCAGAUCAUUUCGCAAUGGCUGCCGCAACGCAGCAGCCGGAGAGCUCCGGUCUCCAAAAUAUUUCCACAUUAUUAGAAAGUAUCACUGGAUGUCUCACCUCUGCCGGAUCAUCCCUCCCCAAAGCCGCGCGAGAUGCGCCCUCCGAUGUUUCGAUCGAACCACCUCAAGAUGGUAUAUCGCUACUAGACAUCAAGAACGACUUGCUUCUCUCAUACAUACAAAAUCUGGUUUUUCUCAUGUUGUUCCAACUCCGUGGGCUAUCAAAGGAUGAAGACGCCGAGGCCGAUCAGUCCCUUCGAGAGGAUCUGUUUAAAAGACUUAGUGAAUUACGGGUUUACCUGGACCGCGGCGUCAGACCCUUGGAGGGGCGACUCAAGUAUCAAGUAGACAAGGUGGUCAAGGCCGCCGAGGAUGCGGAGAGAGCCGAACGCACCGCCGCGAAAACAGCCGAAGCAGAAGAUUCUGGCAGCGACGAUGAGAAGGACUCUAGCGAUAGCGAGGCAGAAAGUGAUGGAGACCAGGAAGAUAUCGAUGAGAUGGCAUACCGGCCCAAUGUCACGGCCUUUGCUAAGAAAGUUGAACCAGAAGCGCGCACGGAGAAGACCGCCAAUAGAGCUAGCAGCGAUGGCAUCUAUCGCCCACCCAAGAUCAUGCCGACAGCUCUACCCACCACUGAAACCAGGGAGCGCCGGGAACGGGGCCCACGCCGGUCGAAUGUCAUCGAUGAGUUCGUCAGCGCCGAGAUGUCGUCCGCGCCGAUGGUGGAGCCUAGCAUUGGUAGUACAAUCGUCCGCGGUGGUAGGCAAACGAAGUCAAAGAAAGACAGAGAGCACGAGGCGGAACGGACAACCUAUGAAGAAACCAAUUUUAUCCGAUUGGCCAAGGAGAGCAAAAAGGACAAAGCCAAACGGCGUGGCCAACAGGGCGCGGAGGGCACAUAUGGAGGUGAAGAAUGGAGAGGGCUCACUGAAGGUGCAGACCGCAUUUCCAGGCUUACGCGCAAGGCUAAGGGAAGUGGCAAUGCACUUGAUAGAAGUCGGAAACGCAAACAGAGUGAUGAUGGACAACGCGGCGAUGGUACAGCCGUGGGUCAAAUCUUUGAGAAGCGACGGAAGAAGAUCGAAGGCUGGAAACGGUAGUUGCAUGUAUUUUAUGUGUUUUGAGUAUGAACGCAUUUGUAACUAUUACUCAGAUACCAUGCAAGAAGCUUUGACAAUUCAUAUGUUUGUACUGCAGGAAUACACACAUGUUUCAAUCGAUAGGCUAUGCGCAUCUCACUCUAGACCGUAUCCCUCUCGGCGCAGGUCAA